AUGCAGGAACAACGCUUUAAUGGAAAGUUUAGCAUUCUGAAUGGAAAUCUGUUUACCAACUUAUGCAGAAUAAAUGGGAAUAAAUCCAAAGGAAAGGAAUCAAAUGAUGUAGAAUUAAAAGAGGAAAUGUGUCUUAAAAACAGAGACAAUAAAAACAGGGAAAUGGAGGAAAUUGGCUCAAAUAUAAUAAGCUAUGAUAACUCAGAAAAAAUGAAAAAAAAUUUUAAUUCGCAACUUAUUUAUUCAUAUUACAAUAAUUUUGCAGCAAACAAAUAUAUUGAAUAUGAACCAGAUCAAAAAAAUAUGAAAAACAUGUACACAUAUAGACAAAAUAGAAAUGAUAAUGAAUAUAAUAAAAAUAAAAGUUUUGGUAGCACAGAAAGUAAUAAUAACUGUAGUAUGAAAUUUAAUAAUAAUAUAAUAAAUAAAACAUCGAAUUAUAAACAUCUCGGAAAUAAUAAUGAAAACGAAACAUUAUUUUUCAAAGAAGAUAAUGUAAUUUGUAAUGAAUUUAAAAAAUUAAAGCAUGAUAUAUUGGAAUUGCAAAUUAUGAAUGUAAAUUUACAGAAACAAAUUUUAACUAAUCAUGUUAUAAAUAAUUCAAAUACAAUACCUCAGCAUAUAAUAAUAAAUAACAAAACUGAAGUUGCAUCAAAUACCCUUAGUCAACUUCAAAAUAAUAACAAUAAUAAUAAUAACAAAAAAAAAAAUGGGCUUAUUUAUUUUUUACUAAAAAAAAUACUGAGCAGUAAAAUAAAUCAAAUGCUUAUUGUUUCAUCUUUUUUUAUUUCAAUUUAUAUUGCUCAUAAACAUUGGCAGCGUGCGCUAAAAAUAGCAGAACUUCAAUCUAAAGUCAAUUCCAACUUUAUUCUCAAAAGUGUCAAAACGAUAGAGGAAAUGGUAGGAAUUAGAAGUCGUUAA